AUGCAAUAAUUACACUAUCUCUGUCCAUUAUGCAAUUAAUCACAAUAUUGUCAGACUAUUAGCAUGAUUUAAUUUGCAGAUUCUAAUCUAUCAUCCACUUUUUUAGAAUAUGUACUUAACCCUAUCAUAUAUGUGUAUAAAUUCACAAUAGAAGAUUAAAAUUUUAUGACAAAACAAAAAUGUAUACAAAAUCUUUAGUUUCAUCAUUAUGAUCAUUUUAAUCAAGCAUUUCCUAUUGACAUUGAUGUUCUAUAUGGAUUUGAUUUUUUUAUAUAAGGUUGUUAAUUAUUAAUAGAGAACUAAUUUCCUGAAGCAAAUGAGCAUUUUGAGAUCUUUGAUAAAAUAAAUUAGUUCACUUAAUCUAUUUUCAAUAGGUAGAUACCUGUAUAUUCAAGAUUUAAUAACAAAUAUUUUAAUGAUGUAUGUGAUGGACUUCUUAAUAUACUAAAAUCAAGUUACCAAAAGCUUGAAACUAUUGAUAAUCCUAAAAUUAAAUAGUUUAUGCUAUAAAGAUGUUAAUAAAUACUAUAAAGUAUUGAAAGUUUUUAAUGUUCUAUUUAAACAUUCAACGAAAAUUCUCUAUAAUUAACAUAAGAUAGAAAAUAUAAAUUACAUAGAUCUUAAGUACAAUUAGCAUGUUUAAGUGGUAAUUUCACUGAAGAUGCUUUAUUUACUCCAAUAUAUUAGAGAUUUCUAUAAGAUGACACACAUAUUAAUCAAAUUGGUGCCAUCUUGUUUACUGGAUUAUCUUAAUCUACAAAAUUAUGGGAAAUAUUUUUUAAUAAAUUAAAUGGAGAAUAAAGACUUUCUCAUAUUACUAGUUUAGUAUAUUAUUUAAAUAAAUAAUAUGAUGAUUCCUAUCUUAUUUGUGUACUUAAACUUGGAAAAGGUUUAAAAAGAUUUAAAGAAUAUUGGUUGUCUUUAGUGAUAUUUAGUUUCUUUAGAAAAGUUACAAUAGUCUUUCAAAAGUAAUUUAAUUUUAAUGCAUAUCUUCCAUUCUUAUAUGAUCAGAUUGCUAAGAUAUGUCUUUAUUUGGGAUAAUUUAAUGAAGGCUAUUAAAAUUAUUUGAAAGCUUAUGAAAAGUUAAAGAAUAAUAAUUAAAUAUAUAUUGAAAGUAAAGAUAAGAGGAAGUUUAGUUAGAAAUUAAAAUAUAAAAUAAUGAUCUUAUCCUUAUUUCUAUAGAAAUCAGAUAAAGCUAUUGAAAUAGUAAAGGAAUUAUAAUCUGAUGAAAUUGGUAUGCCUUAUCAUAUUAAUAUCUUUAUUAAUUAUUUUAAGAAAUAUUUAGAUGAUAUUUCAAGAUAUAAUGAUUCAUAGAGAUAUAGAAAAUGUGAUUAGUUUUUAAAACAUCUAUCAAAAAUAGUUAGAAGUAAUUUGAGUAGUAUUUAAAUUCCUAAUGAUGAUAUAAAAUAAAUUUCUAAUGUAAUUGAAUUGAAGGAUAAAGAUAUUCCUAAAGCUAUUAUAAAAUAGAAGAUUGAAUAUUAAUUUAAAUUGAAUUCUUAUUUCUAAAUUCUACAAUUUUAUUUAAAUCUUGUAUGUCAUAUAAGGAAUGAUCAAUUAAGUUCAAAAUAUUAUUAUGAAUAGUAGGAUAUGUUGGAGUAGUUUAUAAGAUAUAUUGAUUAUAAAUUAUAUAGUACUUUACAUAAUGUAAUUGAUUAAUUUCCAUUUCCAUAAGAUUGCUAUGAAAAUUUACUAAUGUGUCAUUUUUAUCAAUAUAUAUCAAUGUAUGAUUAAUGUAACAAUCGUUUAAUAUAGUAUGAAAAAUCAAAGAAAGAAAAUAGGAAAAAAUAUAAUAAUGAGGAAUCUUUAUCAUUUAAAAGAAUAAUAGAUAAUUAUAGAUGUUCAAUAUAAUAAAAUAGAGAAGAAACACUGUUAGAACUUGUCUUACCUAUAUCUAAUUCUAAAGAAGCAUAAUACAUUAUAGGUGUUAGGUAUUUGUAAGAUGGAAGAUAUAGAGAAGGUGUUGAAUAUUUAAAGAAGGCUGCAUUAGAUCCAGUAUUUAAGGAUUUAUGCACAUCUCAUCUAUUAAAAUUAGUUUAAUAAUCAAGAGAAGAUUUAUAAGUUAUUAAUUCAGGAUUAUUUAAAGAUAAUAUUAAUGAAAUUAUCAAAUAAAUUGAUUUCGAUAGACUUAUAUUAAUUUAGUCUCGAAGAAAUACAUUAUAUAUAGAAUAUUAAAGAUAAUCAUUUUAAUCAGAAUAAAAAAAGAGUUUUAAUUAUUUAGUAGAAUCAAAAUCAUUAUCUUAGUGUUCUAGAACCUAUUCAUUAGUUCAAGAUUAUAUGAAUUAUACUUUAUAAGAAUUAUUAUAAAUCUUAAAUGAUUAAGAGAUAACUGAAUUAAUAGAAAGAAUAGAAGAUGAUUUUAAAAAUGUAGAAUAAUUUGAUUCAAAUAAAUUUUAAAAUAGAUAUCCAAAGAAUGAAAGAAUUUAAGAUAAUGUUAUUUUGUUUAUUAAUGAUAAUGAAAAGGUAGUAAUGAAAAUAAAAGAGGUUACUGAAAUACAAUUAGAUAAAUUAAAAAAUAAACUUAAAGAUAUUUUGAUAGAAAUUUUAGCAUAGAUAGUUGUAAAUAAUUUAAAUAAUAGAGGAUUUGCUCAUUUAAUCUCUUUAUAAUAUUAAUUUAAUAUCUGUUAAGCAUAUGCAAGUAAUCUAAAAUUUUAUAUGAUCUUUCCAUAUUAUGAACCUUUAGCAAAGAUGAAUAUCAAAUAAUUAAAAGAUUUGACUCUAUCAAUUAAGACUCUUAAUAAUAAUUAAAUUAUUCAUAGAGAUCUUAAACCUAAUAAUAUUUUAAUGUAAAAUGGUAAUCCUGUAAUCAUUGAUUUUGAUUGUUCUUAUUUUUGGGUACCUAAAUUAUAAAAAUGGUUAAGAGGAAAAGGAUUAACAAAUAAAUAUUACCCAGAAAAUGAUGUUGAAUAAGAUAAAGUAGAUAUCUAUUCGUUAGGAAUUAUUGCAUCUGAAAUAGAUAGUUGUCCUUAAGAAUUCUAUUAAGGAGCAACUAAAGAAUAUGAAAAUAGAUAUUCAUUAUAAAAGUUAUUAGAAAUAUUAAAUUGA